UACACAUACACACAAUCUGGAAUGUUCCAUGCACACACUUAGGUCACCUAGUUAGAUACACUCGCACAAUGGAACUCAAUGCUUCCUGUUUCUUUUCAACUACUGAAGAAAAAUCUGCUAUUGUUCUUUACAAAUGAGCAAAACCUGAUUCACUUGAGUAGUUUAGAAAAAAAAUUGACAGUGAAAUAUUUUACUCCUAAUCAUUUUGAGGAUUAUAGUGUGAAGCUUGUAUACUAGUAGAAAUAAUUUGUAGAAAUAAUUGAAAAACGAUAUUAAUUUAGGAUUAAAAAUUAUAAUACAGUAUUUUUUUUUGUCAAAAUGAGUUUGUCUUUCCAGGAAGUGCAAUAGCAGAGAGAGAGAGGGGGAGGUGGGGCGAGCGGGAAUGUGUGGGACGGGAAAACAUGCAUGCUCAUCUUUUAUCAGCAUGAGUCAGCGUAGUUGCAACACACGCGCGCCCGCGCACACACGCCAAUCCUAGCUCCCUCCCUCACACACACACACACUUUGACAGAUGAGUGUGUGAAGCUCGCUUAGCUUGUCCCAAAGUCGUCCAAACCUCCAAAGAACCUGGACGACGCUACGAACAGAUGCCUUCGUACAGGUACGCGUGCGCGGCUCACCCGGCGCGCGUGCUGCGGCGUCUGGAUGAGCUGCGGCUGCGCGGCACGCUCUGUGACGUCACCGUGCAGGUAGACGGCCGUCGUUUCCACGCCCACCGUGCCGUGAUGGCCUCCUGCAGCGACUACUUCGCCGGAAGGCUCCAACGUGAGCAGGACGACGACGAUGACGUCACCCUGCCACCCGAGGUGACCGUGGGUGGGUUUGAGCCCCUGCUGACCUUCGCCUACACGUCCGAGUUGGUCUUCAGUAAGCACGACAUCCUGGAAAUCCGCCAGGCGGCAUCUACGUUGGGCUUUCGAGACCUUGACCUCGACUGUUUCGACUUCCUUCUACCCAAAUUCAAGUCGGACCCACCGCUGCCGCCAUCACAGAGGAGGAGGUGCUGUAUAAAGAAGCAAGAGCGUGAGGAUGAGGAAGCUCAACCCAAAGCCGUCAAACCGGUGCCCAGGGAAUCGGCUUCACCCAGUGGCCCACAGGGGAAUGACAGGAGGACUACAUUUUCAGUUAAGCCUGUUGGAGGGCCCAAGUAUCGCAAGUUUCAGUUGGCUUGUGGGAAAGAGACACCCCAGAAACCGUGCGGAUGGAACGAGGCUUUUGUAGAAGAACAACAAGGACGAGGAAGCAAGUUCUGUGGUGAUGCAGAUCAAGCAACAGAAAUACGCGGAAGCCAGGAUGCAACUGCGCUUCCAGGAACUUGCGCAAGUGAGGGUGACAAUGUGGAAAAGUGUCCCAGAUCUAAAUCUGGCUCCUUUGAUCAGGACACUGCCUUAGAAGAUGGAGAACAAGGACCAGGAACAAGGUUUUCACGUGUGACCAAGUCUGUACAAAGUCCUAGUACACUACACAAGGACAUAGAGUGGCUUCCAGGAAAUGGUACCGAUGUGAGUCCCAGAUCUGACUCGGUCCCCUCUUAUCAGGACACUACCACGGAAGACGGAGAACAACUUCAAGGAACAAAUGGUGGUCCCAAGCUGGUUGCAGUUACCACCCGGAAACACGAAGGUCCUGGCAGACACAAGAAUGGAGCGGAACUGGGAACAGGAACUAACACCAACAAGAAUCACAGCUCUGACUCAGUCCCCUCACAUCAGAAAACACACAUCACAAAAGACCAACAACAAAGACCGGGAGCAAAAUUUUCUGUUGGUCCUGAUUUGGCAGCAGGCGAAGCUCUUGGACAUGAAGAUGGAGCAGAGUUUGCAGCAAAUAGUGCUAGUCCCAGGUCCCCGCUUCUCGGGACAUCUUCACAAAAAGAUGGAGUUCAAGGGAUUGGAACCAACAUUACAAAACACGAAGAAAAAGGACCAGGAAAGCAAUUCUCUUGUGGUCCCAAUUUGGUCCUAGGUGACACACUGUAUAAUGAAGCUCCAGGAGGUUUGGACAGAGUGGCUGACCCAGGCCCCUCUCAACAGAACUGCCUCCGGGUUGACCUCAAGUGCACCUUCCUGGCACAGAAUUCUGACCCGGAGCGGGGCGGACCGCCGUGGAAGGGAGGCGCACUAUCGGAGAGCGAAGGAGCUUCCCAGUCAGGCCUGUCAUCGCUCAACUCGGGUGAGGAUGGCGACUCGGAGACUGAUGGCGAGGGAGAAUGGUGCCCCAGAGAACGGGCCAGACAGGUUGAUCUUCCGGUCUCUUUGGACUACGCUGUGCGUCUGAGCCGUGCGGACCUACAGAAUCUGCUGACUCAGCACACGUUGACACGCCAACAGCUGGACUUUAUCAACGAUAUCCGACGGCGUAGCAAGAACAGGCUGGCCGCGCAGCGCUGCCGCAAGAGGAAGUUGGAGUGCAUCGCGAACCUGCAGGAGGAAAUCAACAAACUGAAGUGCGAGCGGGAAAAGCUCCUGGUGGAGCAAAACCAUCUUUAUCAUCAGAAGACCACCACCUGCCUCAGCGUCUCAGCGCUCAGUCAGCGCAUCCGCGGAGAAGCCCGAAACCUCAGACCAGACCAGCUGCAACUCCUCGACUCCCAAUGCUUCCUCACGUCACACUUAGACGCCUUACUCUUGACUCCUUCCUCAUCUUUCUCAACUCAAGCUGAGACUGAAGGACAUUUAGAGGACAUUUAGAGGCAUGGAGACUUCUGCAAGUACAUAUUUUUUUUUCUCGUCCUAAUUUUCUAUUUUUAUACACUAAUGAUUUCCUUAAACACGUUUGGACGUGAACACCAGCAUUAUAUAGUAUUGUAUGAUCAUUUGCCCAGCCAGGUGCUGCCACCCAAAAUGUCCUGCCAACAGUCUGAAAUUGACACUUUAUAGUAUAUUUACACCGAUUGUUUUCUCUCUAUUGGCUAUACGCGUUUUAUUGUCAACCUUUAAUCAUUGGCAAGUUUUAUUAUGUACAGAUUUUCACUCAAAUACGCUGUUCAUAUGUGUAAAAAUAGCAUCUCAAGAUGAUUCAAUGACAAAUUCUUGUAUUU